AUGUAUACAGAUACAAAGAGUUCUUAUGAUUUCGUCAAGGAGCCGGUCCAGAGUGCAGAGGACCCCGAGCUGGUGGCUCUGCACCGCAAGUUGCGCAUUCAGAAGGAUAGGCUGGUGUCGUGGGGUUUGGAAUGGUCGGAUCCCUCACAGUCACCUGACAUCGACGAGUCUAUCAACAAGGCUGGUCUAAGUGAGCUGGUGGGCAGCGUUAUGUCGACGAUUAAAGAGAUUCUGGCCGAGGCGGAACCGUUGUGGCAGUCUUCGAAGAGAAUAUCGUCGGAUGAGAAGCUUCCUUUGCCUGAAAGGUCCGUGGAUCGGAAACAGUCGUUGAUUACUUGGGACAAGUCGAGAUUUCAGGAUCUAGUCCGAGAUUUGACCAUGUCUAUCGAUACUCUCUAUGAUCUCUCACGAACUCGGCAAUCUGCGCGUAAAGGGACGACUCCUCUGAAGGCCUCGAAUUCGUCCAGUUCUCUUACCAAGACUCAUGCUGCAGAGGAACGGCAAUUCGGACCAACUCGAAUGCAAACACCCCAACAAAUUGACCCGGCUUCUCUAACCUGGCCAAAGGAUCUCAAAGGAAUACAGACCGGUAUGUUACAACCAGCAAAAUCUCCUAGGCAAAUCGUCUUGAUGCGUCGGCCAACUUCCCUUCCUGAUUCUCGAAAACAUGGACAACAAUUUCCCCUUGUCCCGGUGCUUCUGGAACAUGCCCCUUAUGAUCCCAUAUACUCGAUUACGGGGAUUACACCCUCCAUGACCCGGUUCGAGAAGUUAUUUGCUGCCCUUUCUCAGUCUUACAUCUCUUCUGGAAGAAUCCUGUCUAGUCUGCUACACCUCAUUGGAUAUUUCGAAGAGGCCGAGCAUUCCAGAUUCUGUCUCCUAUUUGCUCUUCCUACGCAUUUUGGACCCGUCGAUAUCGAAACUCCAAGGGUACCAUCAAUUACCAUGUUAUCGAAUCUGCUGUUCAGUCCAUAUGAGCCGACUCUUGAGAUCAAGUAUAGGCUUGCAUACAAUGUUGCCACUGCUGUCUUCGACUUGCAUGCUAAAGGGGUAGUGCAUGGCAAUGUCGUCGCUUCUAAUAUCUUGUUUAUCGAGCAUCAGUCUCAAUCCAAUACUCGAAUAGACCCAAACGAGACGAAUAUGCGGCAAUCUUUCCUUGGAUCCUAUGACCUCUUUUCUGAUAACGCCACAGAAACUUCGGAAGGCCCCGGAUCUUCUACUUCUCUUUAUAGGCAUCCGUUGGAUCCCCGUUCAACUAGAUAUACCCAUCUUACCUCCGACAGCAAAUGUUUGGAUCUCUACAGCUUGGCUAUUCUCCUUUUGGAAAUCGGGCUUUGGACUUCCGUCACAGAUCUCUUCCCAAUGGCAUCUACCAUCCCAGAAAACACGGCCGAUGUUAUGAAGCUACUGUCUACCAGGUGUGGCAGCUUAUAUACCAAAGCUGUUCAAGCUUGUUGGCAUUCUCCCGAUGACGAGCUCUCUCAACGGGCGAGAGCAGAUGUCAUGCAUCAGAAAGUAUUCUGGAAAGUCUCCAAGGCCCUCGACACUUGCUGCUCCAUCGAUGAAAGCUCAGAUGAGGAAAAUCAAGACAGUGAUAACUAUGCUCCGAUUGAGCCAACGCCAGUAAAGGCAUCCCGAUCUUCAACACCGCGGAGGAGAAACCUACGCGAAGAAAAGAGCCAAAUACACCUUACAACAGUUCCCGCUACCUCACCAACACGACCUGCUUGGUCAGAGAAGGCUUCAUACUCAGCUCCGAAUAUCCCUGAAAAGAUUGACUGGUCCGAGAAGCCAUCGGCUAAAGCAUCUACUCCAGUUCUACAAUCAAAGCCUAAACCAAAACUACGAACCUACCCCGCCAUCAGAAUUAACCAAGAGCAUCUCGACUUUUGGCACACCGGGCUCAUGCCGCACAUAAACCACGUCCUCCGGGGUUUCUACAGAAAAUAUCCCGAAUCCGUAGAAAUAUCUCUCGAAAGCAUCGGCGAAUCACCCACUACUACCAAGCCCACUAUCCUCGUAAUCUGCACCAGCGUCCACAAAGUGCGCAGCAUCCUCAAAAAGCACCUCGUCUACGACAAAUCUACCUACAGCCUCAAAGUCUGUCGUGGCAAAGUCGUGCGCUCGCGGAAACAGGGCGUGAAGCGCUCUAUGGCAAAUGAGCAUGUAAAGCCCGCUAAUGCAUCGCAUCAGGAGCGGCCUACGAAUGGCGCGAGUAUUGGUGCUUAUAUCAAUGAGCGUCAUCUCCCACCUGUUUCUUUUGGUGGCUUGAUCAUGGUGGAUGAUAAGCCAUAUGGUAUGACAGUGCAUCAUAUGCUCGACGACCCAGAUGAAGCCGAAGCCGAAGAAGAAGCAGCAGCAGAUCUAGAGACACCGAUUCUUCGCUCCUCCGCACAUCUCGAUAUGCCUGACCUCACACAAUCCGAAUCCUCAAUAUAUUCCUCCGGAGACGAAGAAUUCAUGUACACGCUCUCCGACUACGAAAGCGAUUUCUCAUCCUCCGAGUACGAUUCCUCAGACGACUAUUCCCAGUUCGGUGAUGACGACGAAGAUGAAGAGGGAACCAAAGAACCAGGCGAUAUAAAAGGCAUCCCUCAAGGCUGCGGCGAAGAAUACCUCAUCACGCAACCCGCGAUUGACGACGCGCCAGAAGACUUUUAUCCCGACCCCGAAACCCGCGACGAAGACCACAUUGCCUCUUUCCAACUCGGCGAGAUCUACGCUUCCUCUGGCAUCCGUCGCCGCGUCGAGGACGGUAUUACGCAUGAGAUCGACUGGGCUUUGUUCGAAUUCGAAUCUCACCGAUCACCAGACUCAAAUCUCAUUCCCAACGGUAAUCGCCAUUGCUUGCAACGCGAAGGGCAAUAUCCACUGUCCAUUGCACCAACGAACUCGCUAAGUGACAUGAAUGUACAUUGUCUCGCCCGCACGUCAGGUUUACAAAGCGGACGUAUCUUACCCGGUAUGGUAAUCGUAAAGAUCUACGGGCGCCAAACACCAAGCAUGAGCUACCAAGUAGCCGGCAAACUCGGCGUACCGGGCGAUAGCGGGGCGUGGAUUGUGGAUAACGAGUCCGGCGGAGUAGCCGGCCAUGUGCUGGCGUGGAGUUCGAUGAAGAGGGUGGCAUAUAUGUGUCCGAUGGAUGUUCUGGUUCGGGAUAUCGGCGAGACACUACACGCGACAUCGAUUUCGUUACCCGGUGGCGAGGAGCUGCUCGGUAAAGAUGCGAGGACGAAGAUAGCGCAUGCGCGAACACCGGAGGACCUGGAGGCUGGGUCUAGAAUCGAGAUUGAAGAGGAUGAGCUUAAUCAGAUGUUGAGGGGGCUCAACCUCCCGCCUACACCGGAACAAAUCGAUGCUAUCGGGCCUGAUUUCAUCAUCGACAAUACUACACACCACUCCGAUACUCUCUCUGUGAGGAGCGGCAAUGAUGAGAGUUUCAUCCCUAUCCGCCUAGUGUCGAAACCGGAAGCUGGGAGCGGGAAAGCUAGUAUGAGGAGUUUUGUCAAGAGUGCAGGGAGAGGGAGAACGGAGAGUCUUACGAUGAAUGAGGAGGAGAGGCUUGGUGUUGAGGUUGGAGGUGAUGGUGGAGGAAGGGGCUUAUGA